CACUGUUCGCCAGCGCCUCCGCCAGUGUUCUAUAGGACGACGUUUACUUAUUCGCAUUCGCCUCCGCCUCCGCCUCCGUCACUGUUCUGUAGGACGACGCUUACUUAUUCGCCUUCGCCUCCUCCUCUGCUUUCUCCGCCGCCUCUCUGUUCUUCCCCAACCAACCCUCACGCUACCACCAUCGUCUCCGUUUCCGGCCUCAUUCUCUCCUUCCUCUCGCCACCGGAUCGCUUCGUGCCCUGCCCGUUGCACCUCCGGCCUUGCAGCCAGUGUCAUAUGAAUUAAAUCACUCACUCUCAUGCUGGAUCAUGUAAUCAUCUGCAGAUAUGGAUGUUGCUCAAUCAGGCUUGUUUCCGUUACAGCGUUGUAAAAUUGUGCACCUGCUUAGGCAUGCACAAGGUAUUCAUAAUGUGGAAGGUGAGAAGGACCACAGUGCAUACAUGUCUCCAGAGUUUUUUGAUGCACACCUUACUCCAUUGGGAUGGAAUCAGGUUGAUAAUCUUCGGAAACAAGUAAAAGCGUGUGGUUUGUCAGGGAAAAUUGAAUUGGUCAUUACGUCUCCAUUAUUGAGGACAAUGCAAACAGCAGUUGGAGUGUUUGGAGGUGAGAGUUGUACUGACGGAGUGAACAUACUUCCUUUGAUGGUUGAAAACACAGGGCACAGUGGUCGACCUGCUAUUUCCAGUUUGAAUUGUCCACCUUUCCUAGCAGUUGAACGAUGUCGUGAACGCCUGGGAGUUAACCCAUGUGAUAAAAGAAGAAGUAUAAGCGAGUGCCAACAACUUUUUCCUGCAAUUGACUUUUCUUUGGUAGAAAAUGAUGAAGACGUAUUGUGGAAAGCUGAUGUCAGAGAAGCUAAUGAAGAAAUUGCAGCUAGAGGAGUGAAGUUUAUCGACUGGUUAUGGACACGCAAAGAGAAGGAAAUUGCUAUUGUAACCCAUAGUGCAUUCUUGUUUUAUACUUUACAAGCAUUUGGUGGUGACUGUCAUCCUAUUGUGAAGGAGGAAAUUAGUAAAUACUUUGGUAACUGUGAACUGCGCUCCAUGGUUUUAGUGGAUAGAAGCUUGCUUGGUUCUGAAACAUCUAGUUGCAAUUAUCCUGGCAAGAUAUCGCAUGCCGAUGAGAAGCACGCAAGGAGAAAACAUAUCUAAAUUAACAUGGUCAAGUGUAGGUUAUGGUAUGCCAUCAAUCAGCUACAUAAAUGCAAGGAUUCAAGAGUUUUUGGACAAAUUUAUUGUUUGGACAGGAAUGCCUGUGCAUUCUUUUCUCUAAUCACUUAAUUAGCUAUAUAAAUGAAUCUUAUCUAGGCAUAUACUACUCCAUUUAAGGAAAUUGUAUCCUAUUAUUUUGAUUAAAUCCUGCUAGUUUAUAUUA